AUGAACAUUGCCAACAAUUGGUUCCUAGUCGCAUGGGCCAUAACCAACAGUGUCUCGCCGGCCUCUGCGCAGGCAUCAAAUACCUCCUCCCUCGACAGCUGCCCGCAAGACAUCCAAAGCAUUGCCAACGGGCGCGCAAGAUACAACUCGACCGGCAGCACGUCGUUCAACCUCGGCCAGGAGGAUGACUGGCAACUUUCGUACGGCCUGCAGGACAUGCGCGCCGAGAACUUCAGGGCCGGGCAUUGGGUCACCAUGCAGUAUCUAAGCACCUUUCUCAGCGUCCCCGCGUCGUUCAUCAGCAGUCCACGCGGCAGCCACACCAGGAUCUGCUCUUACAGGAUGCCGGGCCAGAAUAAGACGCUGGACGACCAGGCUGAGGGCGCUUCUGGGUCGUGUGAGGGAGUGUUGAGCGAUGAGUGCAUCCAGGCUCUCCUACGCGCGCCGCCGCCUGUAGAGGACGACUGUCCCAGGAUAGACCCGGCUGAAGCUUGCGGCUUUGGAGUCAUCGUCGGCCGUGUCGCGCCGUCAAACUUUUCCAGCGGCACGUGUACGCUGGACGGCCUCCGGCACAUCGACCUCCCCGAAAGUUAUCGGACAUAUAGCGGCCUCGUCGGAGGCAGCAUCCUCCCGGCGGACCGGACGCGGGAGUCGUUCGAGGCCUACGACCUUCGUGUCCGCCAGCCGAUCCCGAUGCUCAUCACGUCCAGUGUGGCGAACUCGGAUGAGCGGCACGCUGCGGUGGUCUGCCUGGCCCCGAGCAACGUCACAGACGGCAGUCGGGUGCCCGAGGGAGAGUUUCCGCCAUCGGCCGCCAGCGUUCUUUCAUUCAGAAGAAACGCUAUUUGGGCAUCAGUGGCCGCGUGUGUUGUAAUAGUGGCGCUGGUGUAG